AUGGAGAAUUUUAUGACAUUUCGUCAUUGUGUAUUCAAUGCAAGUCCUCGGUUGAAUAUUAUUCUCGGACAAAACGGAUCCGGCAAAAGCACGAUCUCGUGUGCUGUGUGUAUAGUGCUUGGAGAGGAUUUACGGUUGUUAUCGAGAGGCAAUAAAUUGGAAGAAUAUAUACGGUACGGAGAAAAGCAGGCGCGCGUAAAAGUGGGGUACAUGUUCUGCCUAAUAAAACAGAUUUUAUUACGAGGAGAGAAUAGUGAUAUUGAAAUCGAAGUACGAAUCCACAAAGGGUCCGCAGAUUACUACUUAAACGGCAAAAAUAUAAAAAAGGACAAACUCAAGUCUUUGCGUAGAGCGUUGAAGAUCGAUUUAAGCAAUCUGUGUCAAUUCCUACCCCAAGAUCGUGUUUCCGAUUUUGUCAAUCAAUCUCCCCAAGAUCGUCUCUUCGAAUUUGAGCGAUCGGUAGGCGGGGAGGAAUCUGUACAUGCCGUUUUUUGA